UAUAUACCCUUAAAAGCUAGUUCUCUUCUUUGAAACCAAAAAUCCACACUAAAGUGCUGUCCUCUACUAUGCCUCCCAAGGUUCUGCUAUUUGUGGUAGCAACUCUGCUUCUAGUGUCUACCAAGGUAUCCUCGAAUAAUGAUGAAGAAUACAGUUCAAAGGCUUUAACUGUUAAACCAUCCGUACCAGUAUCGGUGCCAGCAGCCGCUCCAGCUGUUCCUGUGAAGGCACCCAUUCCUGCACCUCAGGUGCCCAAUUCUCCCCCUCCAGCGAACCCGCCCACUAAACCAAUGCCAAAAAUCAGGACAAUAGCUGAUUGCGAGCCUCUAUGUGGGCAGAGGUGCGCAGCACACGCAAGGCAGAAUUUGUGCAACAGAGCUUGCAAGACCUGCUGUGUUCGAUGCAAAUGUGUGCCUCCAGGAACUUAUGGCAACCGAGAGAUGUGUGGCACUUGCUACACUGGCAUGAUGAGCCGCAACAGACCCAAGUGCCCAUGAAAUGCUUCAUUUGCUGUCAAGUGUUUUAAGUUGGUAGUUAAUCCCGUAAUGAUUUUACUAUUAAAGGAGAAGCAAAUAAUUGGUUUGCUUGUACUCUUUAUGCGGCAAUAUUUAAGUUUGUAAUGUUUUUUUUUGUCUACUCUUUAUAUUUGGGGUGUUGACGGUCA